UCGUCGAAACAAGUUUGUCAAGAAUUUCACUUGACAAAGUGAAACGGCGCUUUCGCUCAAUCGCCAACAUCUUGAGCUUUCGAAAAUGGCGACUGGUAUCAACUGUGAACGACGAAACGAUUAAGAAAAGUGUGCAGACAUGUUCAUCACUUCCACAAUUGAAUGGAGUCCGUUGUACUUUUGGUCAGCUUUAAUCAUUUUAUUGACCACCUGGUAUUGGACGUGGACUCAAUCACGAUUCGUACGCCUCAUCAAUGCCAUUCCAGGGCCUAAGCAUCUGCCACUGUUGGGCAACCUCCUCGAUUUGGGUUUCAGCUACGAUGGAUUUUUCAGGAAAUUGACAUUUGACUGGAAUCAAAAAUAUGGUGGGAUCUUUCGCGUUUGGUUAACCUUCCAUCCGGUGGUUGUCGUUGGGUCACCAGAGAUAUUAGAGCCUAUUCUUUCGAGCAAGAUCAUUGGUGACAAACCUAAUGAGUUGAAGCUGCUCAAAGAGUACCUUGGUGACAGCGUUGGUUUCUUAAAAGGUGAAGAGUGGAAGCAACGUCGACGCUUGCUGACGCCAGCUUUCCAUUUCAAAAUUCUCGAUAGUUUCAUCGACAUCUUUAACGAGAGAAGUGUCGAAUGCGCUCGCAGCCUUGACAGAGCUGUCGAAAUCAACAAGGGAGGCGAGUUCGAUAUUUUCCCCAUCAUGCAACGAUUUUCUUUGGAUGUCUUCUGCGAAACGUCCAUGGGACAAAAAUCAGGUAACAACGAGAAAAAGGAGAAAUAUCUUGGUAUCAUUGCGGACGCCAGCGCAAUAGUCAUGGAACGUUUGCUAAAACCUUGGCUUCGAAUCAAAUGGAUUUUUAAUCUGAGUCGUCUUGGCGAAUUGAGUAGAUCGUACGCCGCUGUUGCUGAUGCGUUUUACUACCAGGUAAUUAAAGAACGGCGCGAAUUGUUCCAACAAGAAAAAGAGAAAAAUGCAAAUCAGUCCGCGUCUGAAAAAUUACCCAACGGGGGCUUAGAUCAAGACGACCCUAUCGAUGCACCAAGAGGGAGGCCAGCUUUUUUGGAUACGCUGCUAAAAGCUACAGAAGAAAAUCUGGAGUUAACCGAUGAGAUUAUCAAGGACGAAGUUAGCCUCUUCAUGAUUGCGGGUCACGAGACAACAGCUUUCACUUUUGCAGCGUUCUUGUAUCUGAUAGCAAAGCAUCCCGAGCAUCAGCAAUUGGUCGUAGACGAGUUACAUCAAGUGUUUGGCGAUUCGAAUCGCCCUUGCACUUCGAACGAUUUCGCACAGCUCAAAUACUUGGAUUGUUGCAUCAAGGAAACGUUUAGAAUGUACACCAGCAUCCCCAUUAUUAUUCGAUCGAUUCCGGAAGAUCUGCAAGCAGGAGAUUUCACGCUGCCCAAGGGUCUGACAGUGUUGCUGAACAUUUAUGCUACACACCACAAUCCUGACAUUUAUGCUGACCCUGAAUCUUUCAAGCCGGAACGAUUUCUACCGGAGAAUAGCAUAGGACGUCAUCCGUACGCUUUUGUUCCAUUUAGCGCUGGUCCUCGCAACUGUAUCGGUCAAAAAUUUGCCAUGUACGAACUGAGGGUGGUGUUAGCCAAUCUACUUCGCUGGUUCCGUUUUUCCGUCUCUGAUCCGUCUGCACCGCUUGAAACUCCCACCAUGCUAAUUGUGCUGAAGUUCAAGAACGGAGCUCGCCUGAUUGUUUCUAGAAGAUCUAAUAUUCCUUGAUGCAACGUCGCUUACUUAAUAUGUUAGAUUUGUGGUAGAUUUAAAUUUUGAGAGUUGUGGAUUUUAGCGGCACAGCUUCCAACGAUGGAACGGUCAACUGUAUCGACCAAAGAAGAUGUAAGCAGAUUGCCUCCAUAAUUGAGAAGAUAUUUUUUAAAGCGUGUAAAAGUAUUCAGUCGUUAUGUUUAUUUCGUGAUUCGUCUGACGUCUGUUUUUGUGAGCUUAGCUGAUUAUCAAUCAUAUUUUAUUUUCUCUGAAAUUGACUUCAUGUCAGGCAAUACAAUAUGCACCACA